CUAUCCCAUAUGAAUCUAUAUUAUUUGUUGCGAAGCCGACUUUCAUACUCUUUCAUCCUUAUUUUUUGUUACAGCCGGAAUACUAUAAAGACGCACCACAUUUCCGACCGGUGGGCGACGGACCAGAAUACAGGCUGGAAAUACCCAGUGCCAAGCUGGACUUCACUGGCACUUACUCGGUCAUUGCGAGCAAUUGUCAUGGUGAGGCAAAGGCCGUAAUAUCAUUGCAAAUUUUCGCUAAAGAUAUACUAAAUAAUUUAUCAAUGGAGAAGGGUUCUAUACGUCACGGCAACGUUGAAACCUUCCCGCGCUUCAUUCGCCACCUCCGAGACUUGCGCUGCUGCGAUGGCGACGCCAUCACUUUGGAAUGCCAUGUUGAAGCAUUCCCAGAACCGGUAAUCAUUUGGGAGAAAGAUGGCCGCGUGCUGCCGAGCGGCAAAGACUUGACAAUGUCCUACGAUGGUAUCAAAGCCACCCUUAGCAUACCACGCAUUUAUCCAGAAGAUGAGGGCGAAUAUACCUGCGUCGCUAAGAACAAUCUCGGACGCACACUUUCCUCCGCCUGCAUUAUUGUCGACGUGCCCGAAGAAAAAGAGAACAUGCUGAAUCGUCAGCUAUCACGUCCCAGUGGUUUGCUGUCAGCCAGCUCAACUCCACGUUCAACGCCACGUUCCACACCCAAUCGUUGCUUCUCACCGCGUCGCCUCUCCUAUCGUUCGUCACAAAUCGAUCUAAGCGACGGACGUAUCGGCAGCUAUCGACGCGCAAUGCUGGAUUCGCAUUGCGUAGCUGCGCCGAAAUUCCUUGCCAUUCCCCACAGCCGUGUCGUCGAAGAGGGCGAUAGCGUGCGCUUCCAAUGCGCAAUAGCUGGUCAUCCCACACCCUGGUCCACCUGGGAUAAAGAGGGUAUCAUCGUUACGCCUACUGCGCGAAUAGCUGUGAAAGAGGUGGAUGAUUUGCGUUUUCUGGAAAUUGAUGAGGUCACAUUCGAUGAUGCCGGCUUGUACCGCAUUACUUUGGAGAAUGAUUACGGACGUAUUGAGGCUACAGCACGCCUCGAUGUGAUUGGUCGUUCGCGUUACUCGCGUUCACCUUCCGCGCGCAGCGUACGCGCAUCCUCAUCACGACGCAAUGCACACAUACAUCGACGCAUUAUGGGACCAUCGACGGCGAUCGGUGGCCGCAUGGCCUUGGCUACCGGCUAUCGUGGAUCCUCUGUGCCAUCCUGUAAGUUCUAUAACAAUGGUUAUGAACUGGAGGAGGAUGAUGAGCGCGUGCAAAUCGUAGUGAACGAACAUGAAGCGCUGCUAUGUAUUGACAAUGUGACCGAAGCCGAUGAGGGCCUGUACACAUGCAUUUUGCAAGGUGAACACGAGCCACUGCUCUCCAGCACCUGGGUGCAGUUCCAGUCAACGGAGGAUGAAGCAUUGGCUGCGCGCCUAAGAGAGCCACGUAUUUCCCGUUCACUUCCCACGCAAUUGCAGGCAUACGAACGCGAUACUGUAGAUUUAUGCCUAGAAUUAGAGUGCGCAGAGCCAUAUAGCUACACCUGGACGCGCAACGGUGAGUUGCUACCCGACGAUGAGGACUUCAAUCAAAUCGAUCACGGCAAUGGCAUACUCUGUCUGCGCAUAAACGACGCUUUCGAUUUAGAUUCCGGCGAGUAUGCCUGCGAAGUGCGUACUGCUGCCGGUCUAACUUGCAGCACUGCUUGUCAGCUUAACAUUAUCGAAGCCGAAGAGGAGCGUUUGUCUGCCUUAGCGCAGCAUGAAUGUCAGCCGAUUUUGCUGAAAUCACCGCUGCCGCUACUGACGAAUGUUGGUGCUGCUGAAGUGGCAUUUUGCGCGCGCGUUUACCCACCCGAAGCCAAUGUACAAUGGUUUGUCGGUGGUCGCGAAAUAGUAGAAGAGAAUGAGGAUGAAGCCAGCGAGCAUGAGUCAUUCGACGAUGAUGACGACGACGAGGACAACGACGGCGCAGUGAUAAAGCAGUCGCGUACGACGACGCAUGUAUCCAACGGGCCAGACGGCAUACGCAUACUCCGCAUACAGAACGUCAAACAGCGACAUUGCGGCGAGGUGCAAUUGAGUGUGACACAUCUUGGUAAGCCAAGUUCGACGCUACGCGCUUACACUAGCCUCAUUGUGCUGCCAGGACGCGCGCCUACAGCUGAGCAGACUCCACGUCCACAUACAAGUGACGACGCUGAUAAGACAAUCGAGGCGCUAAUACAGCCCGAGCAGGUCGAGGUGCCUGCAUGCAUUUUGGAGGGACCACAGGAUUGUACCGCUCUCAUAGGUGGAAGCGUUAAGCUAAGCGUCAGCUACGAGGCUGUACCGCGCGCACAAGUCAGCUGGUUCAAAGGGUUGCCGUUUGACGAUUGGGCAGAUGGUUGACGUUGGCGCACCUUUAAAGGUGAAUCGCUGGGAAACUAGUACGCAAACUGCGUCAUUGUAAAUGGUAAUAACACAAGGCGACUUCGUCAUUAACGCCUUUAUUGCUACAUAAGGGCUUACAGUAGCUGGAGAGAGGAAUGGAUAUGAGGCGCAUUAUUUAUAAUGGCAAAUCAUUUCGACGUUUAUAUUUAGAAAUCGCAAGCAGAAAUUAUAAGUGCUCGUACAUACAGUAGCGGGAAAA